GACCGCACCCCUGCCCAGCAUGUCCGCUCUCGAGUGGUACGCCCACAAGUCCCUGGGCGACGGCAUCUUCUGGAUUCAGGAACGCUUCUAUGAGUCGGGCAACCGCGCCAACAUCUGGCUGGUGCGCGGUUCCGAGCAAGAUGUGGUGAUCGAUACGGGCCUGGGGCUGCGCAGCCUCCCGGAGUACCUGUACUCCUCUGGGCUCUUGCAGGAUCACGGGGCCAAAGAGGACGCGGCGUGCCGGCCACUGCUGGCCGUGGCCACCCACGUGCACUUCGACCACUCCGGAGGCCUCUACCAGUUCGACCGGGUGGCCGUGCAUCAUGCCGAGGCCGAGGCGCUGGCUCGCGGGGACAACUUUGAGACCGUGACCUGGCUGUCUGACAGCGAGGUGGUGCGGGCGCCCAGCCCCGGCUGGAGGGCCAGGCAGUUCCGAGUGCAGGCGGUACAGCCCACCCUCAUCCUGCAGGAUGGUGAUGUGAUAAACCUUGGUGACAGACAGCUCACUGUUAUGCACAUGCCUGGUCACUCCAGGGGCAGUAUUUGCUUACAUGACAAAGACCGGAAGAUUCUUUUCAGUGGAGACGUUGUGUAUGAUGGAUCACUGAUUGACUGGCUCCCAUACAGCAGGAUAAGUGACUAUGUUGGAACAUGUGAACGUCUGAUAGAAUUAGUGGACAGAGGUCUGGUAGAGAAGGUGCUUCCUGGGCACUUUAAUACCUUUGGUGCCGAAAGGCUUUUUCGAUUGGCUUCUAACUAUAUUUCAAAAGCUGGGAUAUGUCACAAAGUUUCCACUUUUGCCAUGCGAUCUCUUGCAAGUUUAGCCUUACGUGUAACAAAUUCUAGGACCUCACCCUAGUAUCUAUACUGAUAACCUAUUAUGAUUAGUUCUAUAAAUUAAUCCAAUUCAUUUUGUGCUGUUUAAAAUGAUUAAUAGUGAGCAUUUCAAGAAGUGCUUUAUUAGAGAAAAAAGAUUGAGAAUGAGUAAACCAAAAAAGGAGGUUCUUUGUUUAAAUUAUUUCCUUCUUCCAAAUAAGAAAUCACUUAAAGAAGCUCAUAAUUUGCCAAGCUGUCAUCUUGUAAUAUUUGUCACCUUGUAAUAUCCAGAAAUGACAUAGAAAUCUAUGCGAAAACAAGGAGGCAUUUUGCAGUAACAGAAAGAACUCUCCUUGCCUCCCAUUUGUUUUCUU